CUGGUCUGUGAUUUUGUUUUCGUUUUCUCAAUCUUAAGACAAGUGAAAUUAACCAAUUGAGUAAACAGUUUUUAACGUCGUGCUACUUUACUACAACAUCUAUGAUUACUGUUAUUUAGUCUAAUAUUUAAAAUGGAACCCAAAACAGAGUUACAGCGUAAUGCAAUAGCGGAAACUCGUCGCAAAGAGCUGGAGACAUACCAGCGGGCUCUGGACAUACAGUGGCUGAACAGUCGCAUGGAGGAUGGCCGGAUGGGAAGAUGCCUCGCGCUCAUACAGAAGGAGGCUGAAAUGGAGACGGAAUAUAAAGAGAGAACCGAUCAUGCAGCUAUUGUCAAUGCACGUGCCAAAAAAGAGAUUGAUCUUGGCAUAGAAGUGGCCAAAGUCCGUAGGGAAGAAGAUUGCGAACUUCUUCGGAGACAUUACCUCAGAGAAAGAGAUCCUAGUCUUCGCCAGCUUAUGAAGAAGUUGCAAGCUGGCUAUGUGUGCAGGGACCUGCAGUUGCAGAUACAGUGUAAUGAGCAUAAAAAACUGCAAGAAAAGGCUGAAGAUGCUCAAGCAAACCGUGUCCUCUCAACCUGCCUCUUCAAUGAAAAUGAGGCCAGAGAACGGGAUGAAGAACAAAAACAGAAUAAAAAUAGACAGUACUGCCACGAAUUGCAGCAACAGUUGGUCAAUAGGCAACAGCAAAAACAGUGCCAGUAUGAGGAAAUGCUUAUUGAGAAGAAGAUGCUCGAAGAAGUGUCCAGGACUCUGGCUGAUGAGGAUCAAAGGGAGCUUCAGUACAAACGUGAGCAAACAGAGAAGUUAAAAAAUGAAAUGAAGACAUUUAAGCAAGCGCGCGACGCUUGGAAGGAGAAACAAAAGGCCAUGGUAGUCAUAGAAGAGCGGCAGAUUGAGGAACAGAAGAAAGCACUCUCUGACAGAAGCGCUGCCAUAGUGGCGGAGCGGGAACGGAAAGUAAGACAAAAGGAUGAAAUCAACAAGAAAAUAACCGACAAAAUAUUGUUUGACGAGGCAGCGCGCCAAGAACGUGAGAACAUAAUAAAGCUUCUGCAAGAGCAAGAGUACUUGGAGAAGAACGCGCAAGACGACAUGGCGGUGCGCACCAACUCGGAGCGCGUCCAACGUGACACCAAGCAGGCGCUGACGUCACAAAUGGAGUUUAGGAAGAGGUUGCAGAGAGAACAGAAGGUGACAGAAGCGGAGUUUAGGAAGAGCGCCGAAGCAAAAAUGGCGUCCUACGAUGCGCUAGAAAGAGAAAAGGAGCUGAAGAAAAGGGAGAAGAAUGAGCAGUACGCGAAAGAUUUACAGCAGCAGAUAAAAGAAAACGCGAUUGUCAGAGAGAGAAAUAAAAAACAGGAGGAUGACCGCGCUAAAUACGUGUGGGACUGCGACCGAGCAUGGCGAGACGAAGUGGAGGUGGAACGAAGGAAGAUAAUGCAGAACCACGUGCCCCACGUGAUGGGCUACUUGCAGGCGGGGGUGGUCGCGCGCUCGGACGUAGCCGCCGACACCCAACACCCGGACCGACGCGACACCCAACACCCUGACCGGAGCGACACCCGCCCAGCCGGACACCCCAAGUGCAAUGAGCAGUGUAGAGUGUUGAGAGACUAUUGAUGACAAGUGUACGGCCGCCGAACGAAUGUUUCUCGUCACUAACCUAUGUUUUGACGUUUUUUUAAAUCCACUACAUGUUAGCUUGUGACUGCAAUCACACCUGGUGCUAAGUGAUGAUCCAGUCUAAGAUGGUAGCUAGCCACCAGGUGUCAUUGAAGUCAAGGGCUAAUUUGUAGUGGAAUAAAAAAAAAGUUUCCGAAAUAUCUAUUUUAUUGCAAAAUCAACGCCACUUCAAAGUCAGAUUGACCAUUCAAAAUUCAAAUUCAAAAUUUCUUUAUUCAUGUAGGCCUAUCACAGGCACUUAUGAAGCGUUCAUACAUAUUUGUUUACAUAAUUGUAAGGGGAUGGUGAU